UAUGUUUAUAUAUAUAUUAAUGGCUAAUGUCUUUUUUCCGUAGGUUGGUCACUCUACAGUUGGGCGUUGUUACUUGUUAGGGCGGUGGUUGAUGCGUACUGAAAUGUAGGUCGUGGUGGUGUUUGGUAUUACGAAUUUUGGUGGAAAUGUUUUAAUAUGCAACAGUGGUUUGAAAAAUGUCCAUUUUAGAAGAGCCAAAGGAUUACAUGAAAGAACCAGUGGUUUUCAAGAAAGAGUUUGGUGAUUACACGGCAUUUUAUAUUGCAAUAGGUAUUUGCACUGUUUUUGGGGCAUUCCUCUUCUUGCUGAAUAUAGUGUUUUGCUGCUGUUCAAAGUACAAAGAAUAUUGGAAGGACAGUAAUACAGGCAAUCGUUGGCUUGUGUCAAUUUGGACGAAAACUCCACAUCAUCAGCCACCACUUGACCUUACAGAACUUGAGGAGUGUUAUAUACCCUCAAAACCGAUUGCUGCUGAAUAUCCUCAGGAGUAUUUGGAACUUCAAAAGCGCGAGAGUGAUCUCUAAUCUGCAAUGGCUUUCCAUAUCUACUGGCCAGCUCUGACAGUAUUUACCUUGUUUAUUCUGGGGAUUAUUAUUGUCAUGCUUAAAUAUGGUCCCAGAAUAUGCAAAA